GAACUGUUUUGUUCAGUCUGUCUGAGAGCGCCGUCGUCCCAACCGCCGGAAGUCUGCAUGAAGCUGCGUCUCCUACAGUGGCGGCGGCGUCGACGUUUUUUUUUUCUGUCUUCGUUUUUUUUUUAUUCGAGACUUUUUUUUUCUCUUUUUUUAUUUUCUCACAGCGAGAUGAGCAGGGAGUGAGGAAUGGAGGCGUAGGCAGCGAGGCUGUUUGUAUUUACUUAGCGGCCAGCUAGUUAAGCAUAUCACUAUACAGGCCUCCUUGCAUCUAUAGCAAGCCAGCGAACAAAAGGAGAAAAUUAAUGGAGGCAAGUUAGCUAGCUCCACCAGUCUUGUUGCGUUAACCAGCUAACGCUAGCCAUGUUUGUUUACAACCCAGAUGUCUCAUUAAGCUCUUGACAGCUGGUUAGGUGCAGUGUGACACCUCUGUGCUGAGUGCUUUGCAAGGGGCUUCCUGUUUUAAAGGAUUUAUGACAAACUCGUUUUAACAAGAAUUACUCUAUCACAGCCCGCAGCUAGCAGUACCCCAGUUUUGGAGCCAGCUAGUGUCCUUCGUCAAACGUGGCUCUCAGAGCACUAAAACAUUGACUUUGUAUUAGCUGCACUAACAAUGGCUCUACAUUGUCAGAUAGCUGCAGCCUGUGGAAAAUUUAAUUAGUUUGCCAUAGAAGCUUGCCCAGUCACGUGUUUGUAGGUAGUGGAGGGGGAGAGGAGGCUCACGAAAACAACGUUAAACAUGCCUUGAGUUAUGCACUGAAUGUUUUGCAUGAAAUGUAUCGUUGCCUCAUCUGUUUCAGAGAUAAACGUUAUUAUAUAAGUGUAUUUUGUUGUUACGUGGAAGUUAAUUUUUCAUGGGCAUAUACUCCCCUGGAUAAUCUAACAGUUAUUAGUAAUAUUAAAUAUCAGUUCAGCUGUACUAACAAUACCAUGCUUGCUUUUCUUUGUAUGUGAGCAAUGUGGCUGUGCAUGGCAUUUACAAUCUUCACGUGCAUACAGAAAACCAAAACUCAAAACCCAGCAAAGUAUGUGGAAAUAAACUGCAAAUGCAUGCCAACAUAGAACAAUGAAACUAUGAAACUUCCUUCUUUGUGCUACAGAAAACAUGUUGCCUAUGUGUCAGUGGGAGAUGAUCGGGAAACAGAAGAUCAGAGGUUUGAUAAUGAAAAGAUAAACAGUAGUCUUUUAAACAAAAUAAUGGACGAUUCCCAUUUCAACUCAUCAUACUUUUGGUCUCCCGUCCCCACUGUACAAGGACAGAUCGAGAACACCAUGUUCCUGAACAAGGCAAAGGAGCAGCUGGGUCCAGAGAAGACCAGUGUGCCCUCUUACUCUCACUCCUCUGCGUCUACCACCUCCUCCCCCCACUACCCCACGGCUGUGCUCGCCAUUCCCGGUUCAGUGGACGCAGGGUCCGGGUUGCGGUUGGUCCCCAAACAGGAAGGAGGUGGGAGCACAGCAGGACUAGGUGGGGCUGGCGGCAUGAGUGCGCUCGGGGGACACCUGCACCAGUCGCACACGACCCAGAACAUCACCGUUGUGCCUGUUCCCUCGACAGGUAUCAUGACUGCAGACAAGAAGCAGGACAUGGCUAUCCCUCCUGCAGUUGUCAUGCCCACUCCGUCAAAGCGAGGCAGGAAGAGCAAACAGAUGUUGGGCAGAGUGGGUGGGGUCCUCCCUCCAGGAAGUGAUGCAUUAAUAUUGGCACACCUCGCUGCUGGUGGGCAGCACCACACUGCUGACCCAUAUGACCUGUCAAAUGAUGAGGAUGAGCAUACCAACAAAGAUGGACCCAAAUCCUACAGGUGUCGGAUGUGUGCAGUGACGUUCUUCAGCAAGUCAGACAUGCAGAUCCACGCCAAGUCCCACACAGAGGCCAAGCCCCACAAGUGCCCCCACUGCUCCAAAUCAUUUGCCAACUCCAGCUACCUGGCCCAGCACAUCCGCAUUCACAGCGGGGCCAAGCCCUACACCUGCACCUACUGCCAGAAAACAUUCAGGCAGCUCAGUCACCUACAGCAGCACACACGAAACCACACGGAGGCCAAGCCCCACAAGUGCCCCCACUGCUCCAAGUCGUUUGCCAACUCCAGCUACCUGUCCCAGCACAUCCGCAUCCACACCGGGGCCAAGCCCUACGCCUGCUCCUACUGCCAGAAAACAUUCAGGCAGCUCAGUCACCUACAGCAGCACACACGGAUUCAUACCGGUGACCGGCCGUAUAAGUGUAACCAUCCUGGCUGUGAAAAAGCUUUCACUCAGUUGUCCAACCUCCAGUCUCACCGUCGGCAGCACAACAAAGACAAGCCGUACAAAUGCCAUAACUGUAACCGUGGUUACACAGAUGCUGCCAGCCUGGAGGUGCACCUGUCCACACACACCGUCAAACAUGCCAAGCUGUUCUCCUGUGGCCUCUGUAACCGUUCCUAUACCUCAGAGACGUAUCUAAUGAAACACAUGAGGAAGCACAACCCCGACCCGCUAACAGUGGCAGCAACGGUAGCUGCUCAGCAGGCCCAGGGCCUUACGCCAGGCGGAGGCCGGGGCCGAGGCCGCGGCCGAGGGAGAGGUGCUGGUGGAGGAGGUGUGGGCAGAGCGGGCCAGCUCCAAAGCCAGACCAACCCUAACAACAACACCCAGAACCCUAACCCUGGGCCCCCAGGCAGCUACCAGCAGGCUACGGAAGCUGUGGUUCAAUGCCCGUUUGACCUGCACCAGUACAAGACAGUGUCGGCCAGCGAGAUCCAGUACAAACCAGUCACUGUGGCGGACCUGCCAGUGGCCCACAAAGACCUCUGCCUCACCGUCUCCACAUCAGCCAUACAGGUGGAGCACAUGAACUCAUAGGCUGCGUCUUCCCACUCUGUUCAUGGAAUUACUAAUUGCAUCAGCAGUGUAAAAAGAUCCAUAUAAACAAGUAGUUUCAUUAUAUUCAGUAUUAUAGUCUUCUUCAGCGGGGGGAAAUGGCUCGUAGGGUGGAAACCUUUACCAAUGUGAUGUUCAAAUUUACAAGUAGAGUUCAGAUUGCACCCUAUGCCAGGUCUUUUCCUUCAUUGUAAGAAGCUCUACUGCUGAGUACAACAUUAAAUUACUUUUUAGAACACAAAUAUUUUACAAUGUGCUUCUUGAUUCCUGAGCCCACUUGUGCCAAGGAUCUCCUAGUAGAAGUGCUGGUCUAGGACAAUGAGACAAGUGGUUUAUUGAACUUCAGACUGGAGCUACAUUCCUCCAGUUUGUGAAGACUUAACCAAAACAUAAUCUGGAUCACUUAUGGCUUUUUUUAAAUCAAUAUGAAUGAGAUAGAGAUUAAAUCCAGACCGGAAUUUCUCAAAAGCAUGUUCACCUUUAUUUCAACUAUAGGUCUAUGGAUCAGUUAUUAACUACACACUGAUCCAAAACCAGCAGUCCUCCUUGGAGUAUUUUGAUAAAAGAGGCUCACUGGUGACCCUUCUCUGUUUUUAUUCCAUUGCUUGCAGUAGGCACCAUUGGAGGAUGAAGAUAUAAAAUAUCUGUAAAAUUAAAAAUGACACUACUCUUUGGACAGUUAUGGUCCAGAGAAUAGUGACAUUUUUUAACACAGUCAGAUCACAUUAAUCUGAACAUACUCCAUUAUUUAGUUCAAGCCAAAACAAGGGAGAGACACAAGACAAGAAAUCAAUGAGGGAAUACUGUAGGGAAAGCCUAAGUAAAUAAGUUUAAAUAUGGCUUUUGAAUAACAUCUCUGAGAACAGAGAAGAGGGACAGGAGAAAGAAAGUUAGGUAUAUUAUUGGAUCAGGCUAAAACCUGGGGCUGAAUCAUAACGUGGUCACUUUACAAAUCAAGAUGUCCUUAUUUACGCUCACCACCCCUCAGACAGCGAGGAGUUUAGGAACCAACUUUGUUGGAGCCCAAAGAAUGGAUCAAGAGAGACAAACCUGUUCAAGAAUGCACUAAAUACGAGUCUGCAGCAGAGUGAGAAGAAAUAAUAACAGAGAAAAGAGGGUUUGUAGGGUGGCCGGGGUCAUAAAGAAAGCACUUGAUGAAGCUUGUACUUCAUGUCUAUGUUUGUCAUUGUACUUUUUUUUAAUAUAUGUAUGUAUUUUUCUACCAACCGAAACGUGUGAAAACUCAGAGAGAAAGCAAAGUGAUGCAUGAAUGUGAAGAGAACAGAGAGAAAAGUCCUAACAGAGUUUUUUUUUGUCCUAUUUUGUUUUGUUACUGUUGAAAGAAAGAGGCUGAUAUUCUCCAAUAGUAGUAAAGACAGCCCAUUUCGUUGGGGAAUUAAUGAUUGCGUGAUAAAAAAUGGCUGAUAGGUACUGUUAUCAAUCUUUUUUUAAAGAACUUUUCAUACAUAUUAUUACUACUUUCAUUAUACCUACUGCAAAUGUUAUCCACAUUAUCAAUCUGAGGCAUUAUUGUAUUGCAGUAUGAUGUACAUAACAUAGAUAGAAAAAACUUUUUCAUCUGUAAAAGGGAAGUAAGUCCUGUGUAAAGUGUAUAUGAAAACUAAAAGAACUCAAAUUAACAAGUACCAAAUCACUGUCUGUGUCCCAGGUCACCUUUAGUGCUGAAUGGACCAUAACCUCAAUGCUCAACAAAGCAUGCAAAAGAACAAAGAAAUUCAACAUUGAUCACCCAUGAUAAUUCCUUCAUUCAUAUUUUAACAAAUGAUUUAAAAGUAUAUCUUAAUGAUUAAAUAACAUAACAUGAAACUCGGUGACCUGGGACACUGCUGCCAUGUCUUUGUGCAUAAGCUAUCUCUACCCAAUCAAAAUGGUCAAACAGUCUUACAAAUGGAUGCUUGUCUUCAUGUAUACUCUGUGUAUUUCAUUGUCUUUUUAUGUAAAAUAACAGAUUCUCAAUAUUCUUGUUAAUGUUAUUACUGAUAUGCCUAAUUACAAUGCAGUUAUUAACUGCACUCUCAUGCUACACUCUUUCAGACUGUAUGCACAGUUACACCUCUACAUCUUCCCUUGAGGAGAAUAAAGUUGGAAAACAGUUUAUGA